CCGUGGCCGUGCUGUGCUCCCGCUCCGCCCGCUCCGCCCGCACCGCACCGCACUUCGCGAGGCGAGCUCGGCACGACGCGACUCCGUCCCGUCCCGUCCGACUCCAACCAACUCAGUUGCUGGCAGGACGUCGGAGAGGGAGGAUCUCGAGACCGGCCGGCUGCUCGACUGUCGGACCAAGUGCGCGACGCGACGCCGUAACAUACGAAGUUCGGCACAUGAAGGGGGACGAUACGGUGCACACUGCGUCGCCACUCUUUUGACGGCCCUGAAUAAAGGACAAACCAACAAGUACAAGGAAAAAAGAGAAACAAUACUUGGACACCAGAUCUCAUAAGCCCCCCUCAGGUGUCAAACUUUGCGUCCUUAGCGUCGAAUCGCGCAGUGUGAGAGAGUGUGUGCAGUGCCGACUGCAGUAGAAUGCAAGGAGACCGGUUCGAGCAUUUCCUUGAGGACUCCCCGCACCACAACGAUUCGAAACUGCACGGCGUCUUCAACAAGAUCUCGGACAUUUGGCAGCAGCAGCACACUGUGUCGCACAAGCAGAAGAUGUCGGCCGAAGUGAUAGAGACGAUCCUGCCGGAGCGCAACAUCCCUAUCUCCAACAGCGGAUACCAGACGGCGGAUGAAGCCGACGACGUAGCCGCGGUGGCCGCCCUGGCCAGACGGCUGGAGGACGAGCUGAGGGCAGCCAAGUCGGCCCAGCUCGCCUGCGGGGAGGUCCUCCUUCCAGCAGAUCUCCUGCCCAGGGUCGCCCGAGACGUGGUCAGGAUGGCUGAAAACGAGCCUUGUGGUCUUAGAGGGUGCACCCUUUUUAUUAAUUUUGAAACUGAGCAAGUUUGCCGGAGGCUCGGACAGGUCAAAUGUGACCCUAACACAGUGUCCACAUUUGAGCUGUUCUUAACUCUGAAGCAGGACAGUUCGUCAUGGCACAGUAUUCUGCCUCAAUUCCUGAAGAACCUCACCAGAGGUCGGACGAUCAUGUUGAGUCCCGGGUUCACCUUAGAAAAAAAGAAGCUGUACAGGAGCUACCUGGAGUGAGUGAAGAGAUGUCUGCGCACUCCAGGAGAGAAAGACUGAACAUGCCCUCUCCCACCGGCCCAUGUUAAGUUAUGUGUGGUUCUCAAGAAGUUGAUCCAUCUUCUGUUUUGUUUGGACUAUGUGAUGUGAUGAAAUCAUUCUCAAUUACUUGGAGGGUGAGCUAUCAGCAAAGAUGAAAGAAGACAUUAUAUUCUCUUAAUUUUUAAGUUAUAUUUAACACUUUAUUGGGCAAUGCUGAUUGUUUGCCAUCUUGUGUUAGCAUUGCUUCUUUCAUUUUCUUAAUUUUUCAUAUUGAAAACUGCUGAAAAGUCAUCAUGUGUUUAAAGGGAUGCAAUCAUGAGUCGAAACACCAUAUCCUGUAUUGAGCUUUCAGGCCUCUCUGUAAAUAACCAGUGCUAAGGGUUAAAACAUGCUGGAAUUUAUCACUUACUGUGUCUCUUAAGUUUUAAUGUGAUAUUGUCUCCUUGAUCAAAGAACAAAUUUGGAAAAUGAUUUUUUUGGAAGCAAGUACAAGGAGACAAGGGUGUUUCCCAGCAAGGGAGGGGAGGGUGCGGGAGGGGAGGGGAGGGGAGGAAUCAGACCUGGACUCUGUGAUUGGAUAGUGGAUACAGACGGUUUGAUGACAUCAUGAACUACUGCCAUCCCUUGAUUUUGUGAUUGUUGUAUUUUAGUCAUUGAAUUUAUUUUUUAGAUUGACGGAGGGAAAAUAUAAGAAACAUGUUGCAUAUUUGUAGAUGAGAUACAAGAGUAAUUAUGUUUUUGUGAGCUGUGUCCAUGGCUUUAUUUUUUAUCAAAUAAUGUUGCAGCUUCUAAUUUUUAACCUAGGUUACACCUCUUGAAUCGCAGGGAGGCGCCUUGUUUUUACUUGAGUGGAUGACUGUUUGGAGUAUGCUUCUGUUGAAUUUGCUUUGGGUUUGGCAGUCGGGGACGGUCGGGGAUGGGUUUGAAUUCGUUAGUGGCCGAGCUCGGCAGGCUGAUGCAUCCACACACCAAAGAAGGAUGUUUUAAUUAAUGGUUGAUAUGCCAUGAUCUCAUUCAAUAUUUAAUGAUAGGCGAGGAGAAAAUGGUUAAAUUAUUCACAUUCAUCAUUCAUUCAUUCAUUCAUUAACUUUUGUGUAAAAGCUAGUAGAUUAAUAGACUGGAAAAAGAAAUCUAAUUUGGGUUGAGGAAGGUCUAUAUACUUGUACAAGAAUUGCUGUCAGUAUGAUAUAAUUUUGAAACUUUGACAUUGAUUUUAGCAUGUCCAAUUUUAACUCUUUACACCAAUCAAUAUGUACUGUAUCUCAAGGAGACAGUUUGUAAAUUUCAUGAUUGUAGAACGCUUAAUUUUAGAUCCCGAUAUGUGCAUUCGUGAUAUUUAAUGAACAUACAAAAAGGAUGAGUUUUGUAGCAAUGUGUUUGCAAGAUUUUAAUAAGGAUUGAUGUGAUAGUUUAUAGUUAGUAUCUGUGGUCCAGAGCAAUGUUUAUUAUACCUCAGGAGUGAGGUGACAAAAAGAAAAGAACUCUGUGUAUUAAGAUCCUGAAAUAAGCUUUAUGUUAGUUUUCUGGUCAGCACAGCUGUUACUUUUAACCCUGUGAUUGUGGGCCAUUUAAAAAAUAUCAAUUGUCUGUGUCUAUUUAAUCUGCUGCAUUAGAAGGAAAAAUUCAUGAUGUAUUAUUUGUAUCCAUAAUUUUCUCCUGUUUCAUCCAGUAUGCUUAGUCAUUUAGUUCCAACUUCAAAUAACUUUUUUCACAUCUUUUUUUAUUUUAUUAUGAAGAAAGUCUAUAACUGUGUACAUAAUGAGUUUAUUAUUAUAUAAAUUGAAUAAUAAGAUCAAAUAUGAAAUGAAA